AUGUCGCUAACGUCGUCGAUAGCCUCCGGUUUAUCCUCGCCACCCACGGAAGGCAAAAGACCACAGUCCAGGGGAAAGGAAAAGGCGCUCUCCUUUUUGAAGUUUGGCAAACGGAGUCCCAAAUCGCCUCCAACCAAGGACGCCAGUUGGGACAGCGCCGUACCUCCGUUACCGUCGAACGGCGACGAUGGGAUCUCCACGCCGUUCAAUUUCCAGCACAACAUUCACGUUAACGAAGGACUCGUUGGCCUCCCUCCAACUUGGUCAGCAGCGCUGUCGCAAGCAGGGUUUUCUGACGAGGAAAUAAUCGCCAUCCACAACCGUCGCGCAGCAGGUUCGCGAUCCCCGAAUUCCCAAUAUGUGCUGAACGCUCGUCCACCUUCUCCCCGUAUACCCCACCCGUAUCAGCAGAGUGCCUCCAAUGUCCCGAUCAUUGCGCAGCCUGGCCCAAGAACGACGUCUUUGCCCAGACAGGUCUCGGACGCAUCGCUGAGGAGCACUUCGACGCGCCAGCGGCACCCGAUACCCUUUGGUAGCCCUGCGUCCGCGUCAACAGCGUCGUUACAUUCCAGCAAUGCCGGAAGUAUCAGCAACAUCAAAGCGGUUCGACAAGGUGCUUCUCAAGACCACUCUAGUCGGAACCACACUCCGCAACUAUCAAUUUCUUAUUCGUCCGACUCCAAUCACAGCGGUGUCAGUGGUGAAGAUGUCUAUCAGCAGUCGAGGAAUGGCAAUUUCCCAAAGGACGUGUCAACACCUCCCGGUAAACCUGCACACGCUGCCAACCCUUCGAUCGCUCAGUCAUUCAUGUCUCAAGCUUCAUCACUUCUGAAUGGUCACAGUCACAAUCGUAACGAAUCAAACGCCUCUUCGACAUCCAAGCGCCUGUUCGGGAGCCAACCUUCCCUAUGGUCUUCGCCGUCGUCAUCUUCAACUGCAAGUCGACCACAAACAGCUGCCAAUACGUCUACUUCUAGCAACCAUUCAAAUGCGGCGGUUACUCAACCGACCGACAACAACGCCAGUCCGGAAGCGAGCCCUCCUCAACCGAAACGCACAAACGCGUUACCUCCAAGACUAUCCUUACAUCAAGCAAGCGGAAGUGGGGAUCUUUCGGCAUGGGCGGGCAUGCUGCUUUCUGGACUAUCAUCCGACCUUGAUGACAAGCUGACCUUGGGCCCUUCACCCCUGGGCCCAACACCACUGACACCCCAGUCAGCGCCUGCUAGUGCUGCAACUCAAGGGCCUUCCUCGUUUACAGUUUCAAACCGACCCACGCAUACCUCCCAUUCGCGUUCCCUAGGCGGCGAAAGUUCAAAAGCGAGACCUGAACCAUUGUCAGAGUUGGAGGAACCUAUUGAUAAUGAUGCUCAGUAUGCCAAUCUUUCUCCGCCAUGGACUGGAGACGCUGGUAGUAGCUCCCCACUGUGGUCAGAAAUCGAAGGCAUUCUGAGCCAAGGGCGGUCGCCCACGGCCAGUGAAGAUCGCCACGAACCUGGCCCUUAUUCUGCAGCCCUUGCCGAAACCUUCUCUCCGACACUGCCCUUCUCUCCCGAGGAAGAUCGGAUGGCACAGGAGCGUAGGCUGAGGAACGAGGCGUCGAGGGAGCGAUUGGAGCGGGAGGAGGACUUGAACCGCCUGAGCGUCAACACUGCUCGGCCUAACCGAGAUUCAAGUCGAAGCAUCCCUCCAACGCCCAUCGUCCCUCCUCCAAGGCAGCUACCCAAUCGCCCAGCUCCUAUCGAUGCUGGUCAUUCACCAUCUCCUCCGAACUCUUCAUUCGACAGCGAAGAAAGCUCUGCAUCAAGUUCCCAAUCGCAGGAUCGUUACCCUACACCGACGACGGCCAACUCAACGUCUUCUCCCCUCCGUUACUACCUGGAACCUUCACCAUCUCCUUCGCAAGCAUCGUUCUCGCCGGUAGUAGCACGCCACAAGGAGUAUCCUAACGUCCCACCGGCGUAUGACAUCGACGAAGAUCUCGACGAGGACGACGAGGAGGGAACCAACCUCAUUAUUCCGCACCAAAUCAUCACCGCCCCAUCUCCUCAGGCCAACCGACCGACAAUCGUCAUCGAGAACGUCUCACCGGGCGGAGCGCUCUCCACAGCUCUUCCCACCGGCACACCAGCCUCUCCCUUCCAACGCUACCGAGGUUGGCUAUCCGAAGUCGUCCAACCACUAGAAGAAUACAUCGACGAAGGCGUCGAUCCUCGGGACCAUUACCUAGACCUGAAAGAAAUCGCAGAAGGCGAAAGCGGCUCCGUCUUCUCUGCCCGACUUAUCCAGAAAGACGCAGACAAACUCCGGCUACCUGCGCACGUCAAGGCUCAGGACGCAGACGACUUUGCCAACAACCGGGAAGUGUUAGUGGCUAUCAAGAGUGUGGCGAUUGUGCCCUCAGGGUCGCCCAAACUCAAGGACCUACAGCACGAGCUUGGUCUCAUGAAGGGGUUGCACCACGAAAACGUCAUCGGUCUAGAUUCUCUCUAUGUCGAUUUCUUAGAAGAUACCCUGUGGAUAAGGAUGGAACUAAUGGAAAGGAGUCUGGCGGAUAUUAUUGGUCUUGUGGAUGCUGGGUUGAUGCUGCCGGAUCGGAUGAUGGCCAGGUUUGCCAGUGAUAUCUUGAGCGGCCUCGAUUAUCUACAACGACAUCACAUUGCCCAUCGCGACGUGCGAUCGGAUAACUUGCUGAUAAACAAGCAUGGGGUUCUGAAACUAACCGACUUUGCGAAUGCUGUGCAAGUGUCUGCUCAAAAUCCAAUGCGGACAGAGCCGGCUGGUGUGCUGUACUGGCAGGCUCCAGAAGUAAGAAGCCCACCGUACAAUGCUAUGAAGGUCGAUGUUUGGUCUCUGGGGGCCACCGUCUGGGAGAUGGCCGAAACGCAACCACCUUUUGCCGACACUAACGAGUUUGGAGAUCGCUGGCCACCACUCUCUAGACCCCAGCUGGUCUCACCCGCUUUCCACGAGUUCCUCCGGCUCUGCUCUGAACCUGCUGCAAGUCGUCCUACGGCUGGGGAGCUCUUGAAGACACCUUUCGUCAAGAACGCUUGCGGACGAGCGGUCAUCGUCCAACUUUUGUCUCAGUGCAUAGCCAUCGAGUCUGCUUUCGAGUAA